GGUGUUGAAAUUGGCUGGCCAGCUCCUGUUGCAAGUGCUGGUGGCGAUCAUGGUUCAGUAGUAUGUGUGCUGCAAUUUAUGUCGACAACUAUUUAGAAGCCAUCGAGAAUCUUCCCGACGAGGUACAGCGUAAUAUAUCUCGACUUCGUGAUAUCGAUAGCCGAUUUCAGAGUGUUUUAAACAACCUACAACGUUUGAAUGAGAAUUUCUUACUUGAAAAUGACAAAAAUCGACGACGAAAAUACUUUCUACGGAUGCAACGUUGCUUGAUUGAAACUCAAGAAUUUGGAGAUGAGAAAUUAGAAAAUAUAUCACAAAUGGUUGACCUGGUUGAAAAUCGUAAUCGACAAUUAGAAUUAGAUGUAGAAAAUGUUGAAGCUUCCAGUGAAGAUGCUGGUUCUCCCCUUAAUGAUGGCUCUCCUGGGGAAUUCCACGGUAGUUAUGAAAUCAUUGUCAAAAAUUGCAAAUUUUCAACUGUUGAAAGUCAUCGUCGUACUAGAAGUAGCCAAGAAAAUUCUGGCAACGCGAAUACAGCUAAUGCUUCUAGUGAAACUUCUAACGAAAAACCACCCAAGAAAAAACCACGGACUAGAAAUUUAUCUUGUUUUCAUAGAACGAAACCAAGUUCCCCUGUUUCUGAAGACCUGCCAAUUGAUCCCGAUGAACCAACAUAUUGUCUAUGUGGCCAGGUUUCUUUCGGCGAAAUGAUUGGCUGCGAUAACGACGACUGUCCAAUUGAAUGGUUUCAUUUUCAGUGCGUUGGUCUAAAUAGUAAACCGAAGGGAAAAUGGUACUGCUUGAUAUAG